ACGAAAAUCAAAACAUUGAAUGAUUGACUGAUUCAGCCAUUUCAGGAUAUCUCUGUACAGAAUAAGCCAAACAGGACAAUGCCUGGGUUUCCAAGGUUUCAGUGUCCAAAUGGUUCCAACUUUUCUCCCAGAUUUCAUCAAAGAGGUCUAUCUCCAAAUCAUCAUAACUUCUAUACCCCACCGCGUCACCCAUCACCAAGACAGCAGGUUUCAUACUCUGAUAUGAAUGUCUUCAAUAAUGGUCCGAGAAGACUGCAAGCAGCAAACUUUGGCAAGAAUACCUUUCAUUCUCCACCUAACUUUAAUUCCCCACCUCCCCGACACCAGAUUUCCUAUGCAGAUUCAGACAUGUUUACACCAAAUUCUGGACAACAAAAGAUUGUCAAAAAUGGAGGUGUUACUCAACAACAGUUUAAUCCACAGUGGCAAAACCCUCCACCUAGAUUUGCUCCUCACCAACAGAAUGGACACCACUGGCAGAAUAAUGGAAGUCAAAAUUGUCAGUGGGGAAAUACUUCCCAAAAUGGAAUUAACUUGAAUUGUCAUAGGAAUUUCACAAGUAAUGGUGUGGAUGGUAGUACAGCAAAUCACAAUCAGAAUAGAAACAAGAAACCUUGGUCCAAUAAUAUCUGGAACAAUCUACCAAAAGAUUCCAACAGAAACCAGGAGCACUUUCAGAAGAAGAAGAAGAAGCCUAAAGUAGACAAAAGAGAUCUGGCAGAAAAUAAUGUUUAUUUCUGUGACACUUGUGACAGAGGAUUUAAAAUGCAGGAGAAAUACAGGGAACACAUUCAGAGUCACGUCAAGUGUCACCAUGAAGGUUGUUCUUAUACAGCUCACCCAAAACUUGUAAGACUCCAUAACAGAACACAACAUUUUAGUGGGCUAGCAUCAAAGAUAUGGAAACUGGAGUCCCCGGAGGACAUUGAAAAAUGGAGACAAGAAAGGAGAAAAAAUUUUCCAACUGCUGAAAAUGUUCAGAGAAAGAAAGAAAUUCUGGAGGAGAAAAAAGCCAGGGGUGAAGUUAUAGAAACCAAAACAUUUGGUAAAAUGAAGAAUAAAGGUGGAAAGAGAGAAAGAUUUGGAAAAGGGAGAAACCGGAGACAAAAGAACAACAGGAAUAACUUCUCAUUAGAAGAUGUUAAGAAGGAAAGUCCCCCCAAGUCAGAGGAAAAUGUUGAUAAAGAAGGCAUGAAGAAAUUUGAUGGGGACCCACUGUCAAUGUUAGAAGGAUUAGAGGAAGUUACUCAGGAGUCAGACAGACCAGUCUCAGCAAUAGGAGGACUUGCUACAUUGAUGGCCAACUAUAGUGAUAGUGAUGAGGAGAUAGCUACACAAACAGACUCACAAAUAAAUAAACGUGCCAUUGUUGAAGAUGCUGAACAUGUAGAGAAGAGCCUGUCUGGUGAACUGAAGAAUAAAAGAUCACGAAAACGAAAGAGACAGAGAAGAAAUGGCCAAGAUAAUGACGGCAAUAGUCAGCCCAAAGUCCGCAAAUCUACCCUACUGGAAAAGCUACUGGCACCAGACAUAAGAAGGGAGAGGAAUCUGAUUCUGCAGUGUGUGUAUCAUAUAGUAAAGGAAAACUUCUUUGGAGUCGGGAGUCAAAAAGAGGGAAAUUCUCAAAAGUCAAAAACUACAUCUAAUAACAAAACCGAUAAUCUCUCAAUUGAAAACUGUGGAACUGACAGUGAUAAUAAUAUGGUGAAAGAUUGUAAAACAAAAUCUUUCACUGAAAUUCCUGCAGAAAGAACUGAUGAGCAACUAAAUUUUACCAGAAAUCAAGACAAUGAGUGCAUUAUUGAUGAUUAUGUCUGGGAAUAAAUUGUUCUUACAGUUUAAAUGACUUGUUGAUAAGAAUUAUAUCAAACCAUUAAAUAUUAUU